CCCCCCCUCUCUCUCUCUCUCUCAGCACUGCAACAAAAAACAACCUCUGCACUGCCUUAUCUCUUCUCUACUUUCAAACAAUCCUCCUAAAGUUCCCACUCUACCCUUCCGCCAUGAGAGAAAACAAACCAAUUUUACGCUUCGAAACCAUACCAGGCCUUACCCUUUUAGACACAACGAAGCGCGAUGACUUUCUUCAUCGAAACACCCGCCUCACUUACCAUCUCGAUAAUGGCAGUGGCAGUGCUCGUAAAUUCGCUUGUAUUUCGAUGGCAGAAAAGAGAGAACAACGACGAGAUUUCGCGCCAACUCUAACUCAGCUCCUCAACCAUCCUUUGGCUGCUUUAGCUUACGUACCUAGAGACGUUGCCAUUUUCGCAGCCGGCGCCGUCGCUGGUGCCGUCGCUAAAACCGUCACGGCUCCGCUUGACCGCGUCAAGCUUCUUAUGCAGACACAAGGUGUUAGAGUUGGGCAAGAGAGUGCAAAAAAAUCUAUUGGUCUUAUUGAGGCGCUUGUAUCGAUUGGGAAGGAUGAUGGAAUUAAAGGGUACUGGAAGGGCAAUCUUCCUCAGGUGAUAAGAGUUGUACCUUACAGUGCAGUCCAGCUCUUUGCUUAUGAAACUUAUAAGAAACUUUUCACGGGAAAAGAUGGCGAGCUAUCUGUUCUCGAAAGACUUGCUGCUGGAGCUUGUGCUGGCAUGACAUCUACAUUUAUUACAUAUCCAUUAGAUGUCCUGAGACUACGUUUGGCUGUCGAACCUGGGUAUCGGAAAAUGUCUGAGGUUGCAUUGACCAUGUUGCGAGAGGAAGGUUUUGGAUCCUUUUAUUAUGGUCUUGUACCUUCUCUAAUUGGCAUAGCUCCAUAUAUAGCUGUGAACUUUUGCAUAUUUGACCUUGUAAAGAAAGCUUUGCCUGAAAAAUAUCGCCAAAAGACUCAAGCAUCUCUACUGACAGCUGUAGUGUCAGCUGCUGCAGCUACCUUAACCUGCUAUCCUUUAGACACAGUGAGAAGACAAAUGCAAAUGAGGGGUACACCAUACAAAUCAGUCAUGGAUGCCAUUCCAGGUAUUAUCGAACGCGAUGGAGUGGGUGGCUUGUAUAGGGGUUUUGUUCCGAAUGCAUUGAAAAACCUUCCAAAUAGCAGCAUUAGGCUUACCACCUUUGACAUUGUCAAACGUCUAAUUGCGGCUAGUGAGAAACAAUUUGAGAAAAUGGUGGAUGAAAAUCGCCAGAAAGCAAAGCAGGAAACAGAUGUUGAGCAAUCAUGCUGAUAGUAUGCAAACUCAUCUCAUUUUUACUCUUCUUUUUGCUAUCCAAUUUUUGUGCAAGAGCUUACCUAUUAUUUCUGAGAAAUUACGUUUCACUUAGAUCAUCUAUAUGCUAGUGAGAAUUGAAAAUUUAAGUUUCACCGUACUGAUACGGAAAUUUGUAUUUGUAUCAGCAGAUAACUCUGUGUGAUUUGCACUAGAAAAAUUUUGGCCCGUCAGAUGAUUCA